ACUUUUUCUAGGAAGGAAAGAUCAAGUUGUGAUAAUAUUUAAUAGUAAACUGUUCAUUUAAAACCGUUCUUAAGUUGUCAAAGAAGUAUACGAUUAUGUUCAAAUCAUACUUUAUUAAAAUAAGCAUCGUAUUGUUUUUCUCACUUGUUAACGCCUCAGAUGAAGCCAGUGAUAAAAUUGAAGCAGUAGACUGUAAUACCUUACGGUUAGGACAAUACAUAUGCCCAGAUCCAAGCAUAAAUCCAAUUGAUCCCGAAACACAGCAGUAUCGAGGAUGCAUGAAAGGAGAAGUCAUUCCAUCUGAAGGAGAGGCUGAAGUGCAAUGCAUUGCUGCCGAUGGUAUAAUAUGCAAGGAAUCAAACAGCUCCAUCUUCAAAAAGAAACUUCCUUGCAAAUGGACUAAUGGUUACUCCCUGGAAAUUGCAUUGCUAUUGUCUGUAUUUUUGGGGAUGUUUGGAUUGGACAGGUUUUACCUUGGUUACCCUGGUGUUGGUCUAGCUAAACUCUGCACAUUAGGUUUUAUGUUUAUUGGCCAAUUAUUGGACAUCAUAUUGAUUGCUGCACAGGUGGUUGGGCCAUCAGAUGGUUCAGCUUAUAUUGUUCCUUAUUAUGGUGCAGUUGUUGCUGUUGUAAGAAGCGAUAAUGAAACAUAUUUACUACCACAAGCAGACUGGCACAACAUCACUUGACAGUGGGGCACAAUUUCCUUUGAAGUGGACGAUGAUUAUGAAUGGACAUAAUUGUGAUUAUGUUUACCACCAAAAUGAACUGUGUUCCAUAGACCUGUUGUGUAAAAAAUAUGUUUAUUAUGUUUUUCAUAGAACUUUGUAUAGUUUAAUUAGAUGAUAAGUGUAAACACACACUAGUAUAGUUAACCAGGUGAUAAAAGGCUGAAAAUAUUGCAAUUGUAUUAAAGUUACAUUUUGUUUUCUUUGCAAUUCCUAUACAAGUAGUUGAGGGAAAUUGCUGGCUUCCCAUUUAUGGUAAAAAUAAAAAUAUCUGGCGAUAGAGCAUGUUAAGAUAAAUAUACAUAAUACUUACUGUUUCAGGAGUAGCCAAUAUGAUUAAUAAACAAAGGUCCCACAUAUUUUACAUUUUAUGAUGAUAUAGUAUAAUAUGCAGUAUUUGUUUAUUUUCUCAAGAGAAUUGAUAACUUAGUGACUCCUUCUUUAAAUUAGUGUGGCCUUAGCAUUGGCAG